AUGGCAGACGCAGCGAGGAUCGCGGAAGCGGCACAAUGUGAACGGAAAGCAGCUGAAUGUCUGAAGACGUCAAUGAUCAAAUUGAAGUUCAACCCCGACUAUGAUGGAGCGGCAACAGCGUUGGAACGAGCAUCCGUCUGCUAUCGAAAUGCCCAGAAGCAUCUUCAGGCUUCGAAAGCACUCCAGGAAGCAGCAGGCCACUAUGAAAUGUGUAACAACAAAUUCCAUGCUGCCAAAGCUCGUGAAAAUGCAGCAAUGUUGUUGCGAGAUGCCGGUGACACCAGCGGUGCUUUCCCACUUUUUGUGCAGGCGAUUAAUGGUUAUGCCGAAUGUGGUAACCUCGACACGGCGGCUCUUUCUAUUGAUCGGGCUGUGAAAGUUAUUGAGCGGGAUGAUCCAAAGAAGGCUAUCGAGCUCUAUGAGCGGGGCCUCGAACUUGUCCAAUCGUGUGAUCGAACAAAGCAGGCUGGCGAAUUCCUCUCCGGUAUCACCAAAUUGAGUCUUAGGCUCGAAGACUACUCGUCGGCUUUGCGGGCCAUUCGCCGCGAAAUUGAGGCGUAUGCCGAUGUGAAAGAAUACUUGCGCAUUGGACAGCUGGCGAUCGGGGCUGUUCUGAUUCAGUUGGCAAGAGGGGAUAGUGUGGCAGCCUUGAAAGAAUACGGCUGGGCCAUUCAACAAUGCCCUGACUUCGAACAUACGGAUGAUGCAUCGGCUUGCCAAAGCCUUAUCGCCUCGUAUGAAUCUGGCGAUGAUGCGAAUUUCCAGAAUGCACUCAAACGAGGAAGUGUGAGAUCGAUGGAUAAUGAGCCGGAUUGCGUACCCAGCGGUUCGCAGGAAGUAAAAGAGUUACAACUCCCAAAUAUCGACGCUGUCUCUACACCCGCCAACAUUAUCCCACACCGCCGGAAAUGCAAUCGUUGCGGUAUAUGGUUCGCUUCCCGACGUCUGUUAUUUGCGCACAGAAAAGUGCAUUAUCCGGAUCGAACGGUCUGCACAAUAUGUGGGGCUGUUUUGAGGCUUGGUACCGAAUAUGGCGAACAUUUGCGAGAUAAACACAACAAGGGCCCUAUUGGACGAGGAUGUGAAGGCUUGGCUAGGGAUAUUACAGAAGUUCCUGAAGCUACCGGAGAUGAUAAACAAAUCUGCACCACCUGCGGAUAUGUUGCAUCUUCGGCGAAACAGCUUUGGAGGCAUGGCAAAAAGGAGUCUCAUUCGACUCGCGUGGCUCAAGUGAAGGUCGACGAAUGGCCGUGCCCAGAGUGCGACUACAAAACAAAAGUGAAGAUGAAUUGGCAGCGGCACCUCUUCCGGAAACAUGGAAUUGGGAAUACGCCAGCCCCACCUCGAGAAGCUUCCCCUAGCGAAGUGACAUGUUCGGAUUGUUUGCGGUCUUUCGCAAAUAUCUCGAGCCUUAAUCGGCAUAUCAGAAUGGUCCACACCGACGAACGAAAACAUGCUUGCGGUUGUGGACAGGUUUUCAAAUUGUCGGACCAUUUGCGGCGGCACCAAGAAAGGAAACGAUGUCCAGAAUUGAAAACC